GGUAUCUUUUGUUGAUUCAGUAAGUGGCUGAAUAGUCAAACUUGGCUAUAUUUUUUCUUGGUUCAGCUGAAAAAGUGAUGGGAAACAGAUGGAUUUUCCUUUUAUCAAUGAGUUCACAGCCAAUAGUAAACAGUAAAAUAUAAGAAAUGAUAAACUAUUAAGCAUGCUGAAGAUGAGUUUUUCUUAACUCCUCAGAGCUGGGGGAAGUGCCUCUGUAAAUCCACAGACCACAAAACAUGAAACUUUGAGGAUGUAGAUGACAAACAGCAAAAGUCAUUGUGGUCAAAUGGACAACAUUUUUACAGCAUCAGAGCAGAAUGGCUUGAUCUUAUCACACACACUCCAAAUGGGUAAAAAUAUAAACCUUUGUUUAUGUGUCAGAUCAGCAUUUGAGCCCAAGCUUUCCCUUGAAAUGUCUCUGUUGCACAGUAUUAUUUCUACCAUCCACAACAAACAAGUACUCAAUAUUCAUGCAACACAGUUCCUUAACAAGCAAGUCUACAGCAGUACUGUAACGUUUACUAUUAUUUCCCUGUGUAAGACCUAGGGUUACUGUAACUGAAAGAGAAAUGAGUUAUUAACAAUACUGACAUGUAUGAAGUAAACAAAAGCAGAUGUAUUCAGCAAGUCUUGCCAUUGUAUUUGCAUACAAACCUUCCUCAAUCACUAACAUGUGUGAGAAGAAAAAUGCAGGAAAGGUUUUCAAGGUUCUUUAGAAUUAAAUAUCCGUCAGGACGCUUUGAAUACUGCACCCUCAGUUCCUUUACUGAACAGAAAGAACUGGAGAUGAAAUUAUUUUGUACAAUACCACUUCAACAGAAAAAAAGAAAAUAAUAAAAAAUUAAGAUCAGUAACACCAGUUACUACCGUGAAGAAACAAAACAUAACAUAAUAGAAUUACAACUUAAAUGUAACUAAAGCCAUCAUAAAGUUACAUUGUGAAAUAAGCACAUACAUUACAGAAAAAAAGCAAAAUUUACAAAAGCCUACAAAAGAAACUAGACUGCAUGGGUAUUAUUCAAAUACUUAAAUAAAUUGUUAUAUUGUUUGCAGCAGAAUAAUUCAUCAUCAGCUAGGCUAUUUCACAACAGUCAUGUGACUCAUUUUUACUGCAUCUGGGAAAUUCCUCUAACGCAAUCUACAUGCUAGCAGAGCCCUGCACUCGGGCACAAAACUGUAUAAAAGCACCAUGGGUCUCCCUGUUCAGACAUCAGCAGUCCUCUGGACAGGAGAGGUCACAGCUCCACAAAACCUCAGCUCAGAAGACGAGCCAAACACUCCUAACCAUGAACAGCAAGCUUGGAGCUAUCCUGGCUCUCCUCCUGGUUUCAGCAGCUCUGUCGCAAGGUAGGACCCUGGUAAAGAUGGGGAACGAGCUGCGGUGCCAGUGCAUAAGCACUCAUUCCAAGUUCAUCCACCCUAAAUCCAUCCAAGACGUGAAGCUGACGCCGAGCGGCCCCCACUGCAAGAACGUUGAAAUCAUAGCUACUCUGAAGGAUGGAAGAGAGGUGUGCUUGGACCCCACCGCUCCCUGGGUACAGCUGAUUGUAAAGGCACUUAUGGCCAAGGCUCAGCUCAAUUCUGAUGCACCGCUGUGAGAAAAUUACAGACAGGAAAAAACUGCAGAACUGCUCCUGAUUUCCACAGGGAGAAACAUCCUGAGAAAGCAUCAUGCAGUGUUCCAUCUUCCACCUUCCACAUUGGUGUCUCAUGUUAAUUGUAGAUCCUUGUAUCUAUUUAUUUAUUUAUUUGACUGCAUCUAUUUAAAGAACUCUUUCAUAAUGGUCAGUGCUGUGGGACUCACUGUCCAGUGAAACUGAAGACACUGAAUAGGAAAAGUGGCUUGCUAGGGGAAAUGAAGAUCCCUUGGAAGCCACUUCAGUCAGACACAAUCAGUUAAGUGCAAUGCACUUACAGCACAGCUUGCUUGUACUAAGCCCUACUGUUUUGCUAUUACAGCAGCAAACUGGUAAUUCCUCCUGCUCCCCUGGAGUGCUCUAGUAUGUUGUGUCAACAACAGUUUCCUAGUCACAGUCAGCUCAUGUCUACUGCAGACUGUGAUUUAUAACUUCAGAAAUCUAUCCUGCAGAAUCCGUCAGACUGUGGGUUUGAUAUUUAUUGUGAUUUCCAUGGUAUUUAUAAAUAUAUUUAUUUACUAGUUUCUAUACAAGAUGGAAAGAGAUCACAACUUUUGUAAUUUCUACUGGAUUUUCCACUCCUAAUGAUGAGUACUAAAGAAACAUUCACACACCCAUUACUCUGUAUAAGGACUUGGUUCUAUGUCUAAUUUGUGAGUUAUUCACCUAAUGGAAAAAACUUGCAGCAUGUAUACACAGAAUUUGCUUGUGAGAAUGUAA